AUGGAUGAGAAGCACGGUCUGCGGGUGGAUGGCAUCCCCAUAUUCAUCCCCAACAGCAAGAAGAGCAGCAAGAAGAGGCUGAUCGAAGACACUCAGGAUUGGCAGCCCCACACAGGCACUACCCAGUCCCGCUCCUUCCGCAUGCUGGCCCAGCUCACAGGCACUACCCAGUCCCGCUCCUUCCGCAUGCUGGCCCAGCUCACAGGCACUACCCAGUCCCGCUCCUUCCGCAUGCUGGCCCAGCUCACAGGCACUACCCAGUCCCGCUCCUUCCGCAUGCUGGCCCAGCUCACAGGCACUACCCAGUCCCGCUCCUUCCGCAUGCUGGCCCAGCUCACAGGCACUACCCAGUCCCGCUCCUUCCGCAUGCUGGCCCAGCUCACAGGCACUACCCAGUCCCGCUCCUUCCGCAUGCUGGCCCAGCUCACAGGCACUACCCAGUCCCGCUCCUUCCGCAUGCUGGCCCAGCUCACAGGCACUACCCAGUCCCGCUCCUUCCGCAUGCUGGCCCAGCUCACAGGCACUACCCAGUCCCGCUCCUUCCGCAUGCUGGCCCAGCUCACAGGCACUACCCAGUCCCGCUCCUUCCGCAUGCUGGCCCAGCUCACAGGCACCGACUACAUGCAGGACCCAGACGAUGAGACAAUGAAGAGGGCCAGGUAAACAGCCUGUGUGUUUAUAAAGCCUGUGUGUUUAUAAAGCCUGUGUGUUUAUAAAGCUAUGCCUGUGUGAUAUCUACAGCUGACUGGUUUAGUCUGUGUGAUAUCUAUAGCUGACUCUGGUUUAGUCUGUGUGAUAUCUAUAGCGGACUCUGGUUUAGUCUGUGAUAUCUAUUGCGGACUCUGGUUUGAUCUGUGUGAUAUCUACAGCUGACUGGUUCAGUCUGUGUGAUAUCUACAGCUGACUGGUUUGGUCUGUGUGAUAUCUACAGCGGACUCUGGUUCAGUCUGUGUGAUAUCUACAGCGGACUCUGGUUUAGUCUGUGUGAUAUCUACAGCGGACUCUGGUUUGAUCUGUGUGAUAUCUAUAGCUGACUGGUUCAGUCUGUGUGAUAUCUACAGCUGACUGGUUUGGUCUGUGUGAUAUCUACAGCGGACUCUGGUUUAGUCUGUGUGAUAUCUACAGCUGACUGGUUUGGUCUGUGUGAUAUCUACAGCUGACUGGUUUAGUCUGUGUGAUAUCUACAGCUGACUGGUUUAGUCUGUGUGAUAUCUACAGCGGACUCUGGUUUAGUCUGUGUGAUAUCUACAGCGGACUCUGGUUUAGUCUGUGUGAUAUCUACAGCGGACUCUGGUUUAGUCUGUGUGAUAUCUACAGCUGACUGGUUUAGUCUGUGUGAUAUCUACAGCGGACUCUGGUUUAGUCUGUGUGAUAUCUACAGCGGACUCUGGUUUAGUCUGUGUGAUAUCUACAGCGGACUCUGGUUUAGUCUGUGUGAUAUCUACAGCGGACUCUGGUUUAGUCUGUGUGAUAUCUACAGCGGACUCUGGUUUAGUCUGUGUGAUAUCUACAGCGGACUCUGGUUUAGUCUGUGUGAUAUCUACAGCGGACUCUGGUUUAGUCUGUGUGAUAUCUACAGCGGACUCUGGUUUAGUCUGUGUGAUAUCUACAGCGGACUCUGGUUUAGUCUGUGUGAUAUCUACAGCGGACUCUGGUUUAGUCUGUGUGAUAUCUACAGCGGACUCUGGUUUAGUCUGUGUGAUAUCUACAGCGGACUCUGGUUUAGUCUGUGUGAUAUCUACAGCGGACUCUGGUUUAGUCUGUGUGAUAUCUACAGCGGACUCUGGUUUAGUCUGUGUGAUAUCUACAGCGGACUCUGGUUCAGUCUGUGUGAUAUCUACAGCGGACUCUGGUUUAGUCUGUGUGAUAUCUACAGCGGACUCUGGUUUAGACUGUGUGAUAUCUACAGCGGACUCUGGUUCAGUCUGUGUGAUAUCUACAGCGGACUCUGGUUUAGUCUGUGUGAUAUCUACAGCGGACUCUGGUUUAGUCUGUGUGAUAUCUACAGCGGACUCUGGUUUAGUCUGUGUGUUUAAAGGCUGUGUUGUAAAGUGUGCUACUGUAAAGUUAUGGCCGAUGCUGACAUGCUUGUGUGUUCCAGCUACCGAUAAAGGUACACUCUGCAAGAUGAAUCAUGUCACACAAAACGUCCUACUUCCCAAUGUGGGCCAUGCCACAGGUCGAUGAUGGUGAUGUCUUCAUCUCGCUGAGUUCACCUUUAAAGACUUCUAGUAGAACUCAACAGUUGAGUUAUAGACUUAUAGACAGCAGGUGGUGAGAUAUACAGGUGGUUUGGUGAUUUAUACAGGUGCUUUGGUGAUUUAUACAGGUGGUUUGGGGCGUGAGAUAUACAGGUGGUUUGGUGAGAUAUACAGGUGGUUUGGUGAUUUAUACAGGUGGUUUGGUGAUUUAUACAGGUGGUUGGUGAGAUAUACAGGUGGUUUGGUGAGAUAUACAGGUGGUUUGGUGAGAUAUACAGGUGGUUUGGUGAGAUUUACAGGUGGUUUGGUGAUUUAUACAGGUGCUUUGGUGAUUUAUACAGGUGGUUUGGGGUGUGAGAUAUACAGGUGGUUUGGUGAUUUAUACAGGUGCUUUGGUGAGAUAUACAGGUGGUUUGGUGAGAUAUACAGGUGGUUUGGUGAGAGAUACAGGUGGUUUGGUGAGAGAUACAGGUGGUUUGGUGAGAGAUACAGGUGGUUUGGUGAGAGAUACAGGUGGUUUGGUGAGAGAUACAGUUGGUUUGGUGAGAGAUACAGUUGGUUUGGUGAGAGAUACAGUUGGUUUGGUGAGAGAUACAGGUGGUUUGGUGUGUGAGUUAUACAGGUGGUUUGGUGAGAUAUACAGGUGGUUUGGUGUGUGAGUUAUACAGGUGGUUUGGUGUGUGAGUUAUACAGGUGGUUUGGUGAGAGAUACAGGUGGUUUGGUGAGAGACACAGGUGGUUUGGUGAGAGACACAGGUGGUUUGGUGAGAGACACAGGUGGUUUGGUGAGAGACACAGGUGGUUUGGUGAGAGACACAGGUGGUUUGGUGAGAGACACAGGUGGUUUGGUGAGAGAUACAGGUGGUUUGGUGAGAGAUACAGGUGGUUUGGUGAGAUGUACAGGUGGUUUGGUGAGAUGUACAGGUGGUUUGGUGAGAUGUUUGGUGAGGGUUGAACUACGGGCCUGUCCCAAAUCAAGUGCACCACAGUAUUUGACGUAUGUAUCUGACCCAGGGCUGGGUUGUAUGUUACUCAGAGUUAUCUGAGGAGGGGAGGGGGUGUACACAGCUGUUGGAACAGCGCUCUUCAGGCUGUUCUUCCUGUUCUAUUCUUUAUUCUGAUUCUGUAGUUCUCGUUCUAAUUCUGUAGUUCUCGUUCUGAUUCUGUAGUUCUAGUUCUAAUUUUGUAGUUCUUGUUCUGAUUUUGUAGUUCUUGUU